CAUAGGGACUUUACGUUUUCACCACUUUCAUUUCUGGUGGCUGCCUUGGCCUAUUCAUUGUCAUGUCAAAACAGUUCGAACAAAGAACCAAAAUUUAAAUUUCCAAAUGGCCUGGUUGACUCUAUGAUGAUUUCUAAGAAACGCUCUUAUCACUGAAAGCUCCUUAUUUGCGGUCAGAAGAAUGUCAGGCAAGGACAAAGGAGCUAGAAAUGAUGACGAACACAGCGUUGAGACAUUGGCAGAAGUCUUUCGAUGUUUCAUAUGCAUGGAAAAGCUCCGUGAUGCUCAUUUGUGUCCUCAUUGCUCAAAACUCUGCUGUUAUGUUUGUAUCCGUCGAUGGCUGACAGAACAAAGAUCUCAGUGCCCUCAUUGUCGAGCUACUCUCCAUCUUCAUGAGCUGGUCAACUGCCGAUGGGUCGAGGAAGUUACUCAACAGCUAGAUACUUUGCAAGCGGCUGGUUUCACUACAACAAGGGGCGCUGACAAUGAGAGGGACAAGUGUGAAACUCAUCAAGAAAAACUAUCAGUGUUCUGUUGGACAUGUCGGUGCUGUAUUUGUCAUCAAUGUGCCCUUUGGGGUGGUACACACUCAGGACACAUGUUCAAGCCCUUGGAAGAAGUUUACGAACAGCACAUGAUGCAAAUAAAAGUUGAAGUGGCCAGACUUCGGCGGCGGUUGAUGGAACUGAUAAGUCUGGUUCAAGAAGUGGAACGUAAUGUUGAAUCUGUAAGAGCUGCCAAGGAUGAACGUGUACGAGAAAUUAGAAAUGCCGUUGAGCUAAUGAUUGCAAGGUUGGACUCUCAGCUUAAAGCCAAGUUGCUGACGUUAAUGGGGCAAAAGACCUCUCUGACACAGGAGACUGAACAACUAGAAGCCCUCCUUCUGGAAGUGGAGCACCAGUUGCAUAGCUGUACCCAAUCAGAGUUAAUAGCUAAAAGUCGAGAUAUGUCCAGAAUGAUACAUCAAGUCAGAAAGAAGCCAAUGGCUAGUUUUGUUACAGCUCCUGUACCAGCAGAUUUCCAGAGUGAAAUUGUGCCAGGUUAUGAUAGCAGCACGUUCACCCUGCAUAACUUCACUCAAAUGCAGCACCAAGCAGACCCUGUUUAUUCUGCUCCUCUUCAUGUCAAUGGGUUGUGCUGGCGCUUGAAAGUGUAUCCAGAUGGCAAUGGCAUUGUUAGAGGGAAUUAUCUGUCAGUUUUCUUGGAGCUGAGUGCUGGCCUGCCUGAAACUUCCAAAUACGAGUACAGAGUGGAAAUGAUUCAUCAAGGUUCAAGAGAUGCUAGCAAAAAUAUUGUUCGUGAAUUUGCUUCAGAUUUUGAAAUUGGUGAAUGUUGGGGCUACAACCGGUUUUUCCGUUUGGAUCUUCUCGCCAGUGAGGGUUACCUCAACACAGAAAAUGACUCUCUUAUAUUAAGGUUUCAAGUCCGACCACCAACAUUUUUCCAGCGCUGUAGGGAUCAACAAUGGUACAUUAACCAAAUGAUCACUGUCCAAAACCAGUAUGUAGCACAAAUAAAUGAGCUAAAAGAGCGUUUGAGUAUUGAAAUUAACCGCAAUAAUGCAUUGACUGCUGCUCGUGGUUCCUCAGAAGCCUCCCUCAGCAUUGCUGAGCCUACCAAUGCUGUUGUAGCGGGACUUCAAGCCACUCCUGCCAUUUCCGCCACUUCGCUCACCUCUAUAACAGGAAGUACCAAACAAAAUUCAAAAUCAGCUCAACCGCGGGAGGAAGGUUCAAACAAUCAGCCAGCUGACCCUAGUUGUACUGGAGCUGCAUGUGUUUCUUCCUCUUCCUGUGGACCUGGAAGAACACCUGUCAAAAGCAGCUCUAUCAUAGCAGCUCUUACUCUAGCUGACACUGAAAUACCAGAGUUUCCUCAAAGAAAAGAACAUUUAAAGCUGGCCAGUGGAAAAUCUUCUGAAGGUAUCAGAACAAUGCCAGCCCAGCAGGUGGAGGCCCUUGGAGGAAAAGCUUCAUCCGCAUCACUGUCAUCCUCUACUUCAAAUGUAGCUGUCAGUGCAGUAAACAGCCCUGAAAGUAGUGAUACUGAGGAAAACAGUGAUGGCGAUGAUGUGGUUCAAGUGGAAACAUCACAAUGCACAGCAGAAGAUAAUUCCAAUGAUGAGAAUGAUGUUGAUGAUGAAACUAUGUCUGGUGACAAUGAUGUUGAGUUUUCAAUGGCUCAAAGAUUAUUUUAUCGGGACCGUGACGCAGAUCAAUCCUUUGGAGGAAGAGCAACAACUGACAGCCUGGAAGAUGAGAUAAUGUUGUUGCAUCUGUUUGAGAUGCAGGAUAGAAAUAACUCAACAAACCCUUUGCCAGAAAAUGCAGCAUGGACUCCAAGAGUGUACAAACCACCAAUUGGAUGCCCACAACUAAUGCCUACAAGUGAUGUUGUCAAUACCUUGAACUUGGGUCUCUUAGAUUAUGCUGCUGUCUUUUCAUCCCCAUCAAGGUGUGCCACUAGACCUAACAAUGGUGGUGAACCUAUGUCAUCAAGUGUAUCUCCAACUGCCAUGCGGAGUGACUCCAGUAUUAUUUCAAACCUGCCAACGGGAGCUGCAAGCAAUGCAACCAAUAUUCCACCUUGUAGAGCUGUGAUCAACUCGUCCAAUGCGCUGUCUGGUAACUCAGCCAGUGGUCCAGCUAGUCUUGCUAGCAUGUACAACUCCCCUAGUCAAGCAGGCGCAUCUCUACCACGAGUGGAUUCAGGGGAUAACCGUCCCACAUCUGAUGCCCAUUUGACUCCUCCCAAAGUCAUGCUGGGAAGUUCUCGGUCCCUCUUAAGGCCUCUUCGCCACAACCACACUUCAAGGCGUGGAGCUCGUGGAGGAUCAACUCACUCACCUGUGACCUCACCAAGUCACAGCCACUCAGGCAUUGAGUGGACUGAAGAUGAGGCAUUUGAUCUGCUGUUAGACUCCUUGCGGCUUCCUUGUGUGAAAUUGAGGGAACUGUCAGAGGCGCGGGAUCAAAGCCCCUCCCCACCACGUCAGUCAACUCGACAGCCUCACAACCUUCCCUUUUCAUGGAUGCCUUCAUCACUUCCCCUCUACUCAAAUCUCAAGCAAGCUCAGAGAGAUGUGAGUCUUCCUCAGGAAGGUGACAAGGAUACAUCAGAUCAGCCAGAAAAGGAUGAAAGUUCCCCUGAUGAUAGGCCACCCAGUGCAUCACCUUAAUUCUUCUUGUUUUAAAAACAAAUAUCAACUACUGCCAAUAGACUAAUCUUUUUUAUGUUUUUGUUUUGAACCUAUUUAAGAGACUGCUUCAUGUUGUUUAUUUAAUAAUUGCUCACAGCUAAAAAUCCAUUCCUGUUUAAGAACCUAAGUACUCCCAUUCAAUAAUUACUUACGUGUGGCUUCAUUAUUUUAAUGAUGAAACAGUUAAGACAAUAUCAUUCAUUAAUUUUUUCAAUGUAAUUUAUUUCUGUCAGUCUAAUUCUAGAGGGUAUGUUUUAGUUUGAUAUUCUAAUGAAAAUGGGUGAAUACUGGUUUCUCAAGUGUUCUGUGGUUCUGUUUAGACUUAUUGAUUCUUGUAUCUUGUGAUAUAUUCUUUUUUUGUGGUGAAUGUGUGAUUCAAAAAUUUAGGUUCUCUUCCUGUGAUUAUCUAUGUGCGUCUUUUUGCAGUACUUUGGUUAAGAUGAGCAAUUUUGUUUAAAUGAUUUAUGUUUAACGUAGUUAAAAUGUAUUUGUUGCCCAAAUUUUGUUACUACAAGUGUAAUUUGACUUUUUGAAAAAAAAAAAUUAUUAUUAUCAUUAUGA